AGUUUUGUCAGGCUCUCUGCAGAGGGCGACAGGUGCGCGCUGCCCGGGCCUCUGACGUCAUUAAGGCCCGAAGAGCAAGCGAGGAACGCCAGGGAAAGAGAGGGACGCAGCAUCCGGAUCCCAGGGAGAGAGGGGAAGCCAAAACACUGCUCCCGAACGGGUCCCAGAAAUGGAGGUCGCAUCUUCCGCCUCGCAGCAUCGCGGUCGGCGGAGCGAGGCCGCGCUCGGCACAUCCGUGGCUGGGAACGACGCAGUGCAGUCCAAACCGCGCCGCCGCGACUCUGUCUGCGAGUAGCCUCGCGGCUCACGACGACGUAGUUGGCUGGGCUCGUCAGCUGUGCGGGAUCGUUCGGGAUAGAGUGUAACGAUGAGGACGACGGCCGCCACCGCAGUGGGCACCGAGCGGGGUCUCGGCCGAGCGUGGCUCCUCUCGAUUGCAUGGCUCGUCCUUUGGCAAGGCGUCUGCCAAGCCGUCAGAAUUGGCGUGCUGCUUGAGCCCAAGCAUAGAGACGCAUGGCGCGAAUUCGAGUGGGCCAUGAGCAGCUUCAACACGAGCCAGACUGCCAAGCGCCUGGGCAUCGAGUUCAGCACGUACGCGGCUACAGUCGACCACGGCGACGACCUCUUCACAGUGACACACGAACUGUGCCGACAGCUAACUGCUGGAGUGACGACUGUGCUGAUCCCGACGUCGGGGCUUUCGGACGCAGCAGUGCGUUCGCUCUUCGCCACCACGAACGUGCCACGCGUCGCACCCGGCGAAAGCUGCGCCCCCGAAAACGACGCGGCGGCCAACGAGACGGCGCGCGACGACGAGGCCUCCUCGCCGCGGGGGCAGCCCGAGCCGGCCGCGCCUCUCGGGGUCAGCAUGAUGCCCGACCUGUCGGCAGCCGUGCUUGACCUUGCCCGCGCGUGGAACUUCCGCUCGGCCGUCUUCUUAUACGACUCAGACCAUGCGCUGGCCACUCUGGGACGGCUGCUGCAGCCGCCGGAAGGCCGCCAGCGGCUCGGCAUCACGCGGGCGUUGCGAGUGUCACGUGACGGAGGCUCGGAGGCUGCGCACGCCAUCCUAUCCGGCAUGGAGCGCGCCAACCCGCACGCUCGUAAGUUGGUCGUGCUCGACUGUGACCACCAGCUCGCCAAGGACAUCGUCAUCCGGCACGUGAGAGACAUCUACAUGGGCCGGAGGAACUAUCACUACGUGCUCGCGAGGCCCGUUGUAAGCCACCGGUACCUUGAAGGAGUCACUGAAUUCGCUGCUAUCAACAUCACAGCGUUCAGGUUCCAAAACACCGAGGAAUUGACGCAAACCUACAAUUACAGAACAACGGCCGAAGAAGCGGCCAUCGCGGACGCGGCGCAGCUGCUGAUCGGCGCGUACCGGACCCUGCGGGAGGAGCCCCCCGCCCGCAACGGUGACCUCUUCGAGGACCGCGUGCGAGUGGCCCCUGGUGCGGCCACCCCCCAGUGUGGUCGAAUCGCCUACCUCACCCAGCAGCAGGGCCGAGUGGUCGACUCGUACCUCAAGGGCGUUGUAUUUGACGGAAAGACAGGGAGGGUCGAAUUCGACGAGAGAGGUUGCCGCGUCAAUUUCACGGUCGACGUGAUUCAAGUCAACGGGAAAAACCAGUGGCUUAAGACUGGGACUUGGUCGAGCCGGGGCUUUAUGUCGAUUGGAGGACAAGAGGAAGUGACCACGAAAUACGACAAGGACUACGUGCACAGGGUUGCAAUGACUCUGGCAGAGCCAUUUCUGAUGCGGAAGACUCGGCCCAUCGAGACUGACCGGGGUGAACCAGAAUACGAAGGGUUCAACAAGGACCUUAUGGAGGCAAUCAGCCGCAUCACCGGCAUCAGAUACGCCAUUCACGUUGUCAAGCAGGGAUCCCAGAUGGCUAGCUGGAAGAGCUCCUGGGAAGGCAUGAUCACCGAGAUCCUCAACGGGGAGGCCGACGUCGCCGUAGGUGACAUGGCGGUCGGAUCUCACCGCUGGUACGACGUGGACAUGACGCUUCCCGUUCUCAACACUGGCCUAGCGGCAGUGGUGAGAAGGACGGCGCUCAAGGGCGUGGGCCUGCGCACUUUCAUAGCCGCCUUCGAUUGGCGCCUGUGGGCGGGCUUCGGUGCCUCAGUAGUGGCUGUGUACGUGGUACUUGGCGUGAUAAGCCUGGUCUCCCUGAAAAGCGUCGUGCACUGUUGCCUAGAGCUUCAGGCCGGGGCCUCCUCAGAUGCCGACAAGCCCCGUCCCACCAGUUACAGCGGGCCCAACACGUCGUGCGCAAACUUCAAGGCCAGGUCUGUCUCUGGCCGCAUCGUGGGCAGCUUCUGGUGGAUCUUCUUGGUGCUGGUUUUCUCCGCCUACACGACCGAGCUGGCCUGGUACCUGAGGCCGAGGCAUGAGAUUGAGUCCUGGGAUCAACUGGACAGCACACAACUCAAGCAUAUGUGGGUGCCGACAGCAGCCACUAGGAGAUACCUUAUGAGUAAGCUUGACGAGAUGACCAAGAGGUUCCACAACCACAUCACCGAACAGGGAGGCCGCGAGGUGGCCUCACUUCGAGAAGCUGUGGAGAUGGUGCGCAGCAGCUCGCCUGGAAACCUGGUCGUUUUCGCCGAUGCGCUGGCCGCCGAGUACCUGAGCGGCCAGCCACCCUGCGACACCAGGGUCAUACGAGCGCGCCACCGCGCGUGGCACGUGGCGCUGGCCGUGGAAAAGAACGCCACCCUGAGAGAAACCCUUAACCGUGCCAUAUCGACUAUGUCUGAGACAGGGGAGUUGGACGAAAUCAAACGGAAGUGGUGGUCGACCAGAUGCAACAAGCCUCCCGAGGACGAGCCGAUAAAGCUGCGGCUCUUCCUUCCGGUCGCUCUCGCUAUGGCCGGGUUCAUACUGGAAGGCGCUGGUCUUGGUUUAGUGGAACUACUCGUGCGAGGCUGCAACAAACUUUGCAUCUGGACUUUCCGUUCGUGCCCGAUAUGGAAGAGCAGUGAAGUGCGCGGGAGAGCGGCGGCCGUCCGCUGUGCAGAUAGCCUGCGCGUGAACUCUGGGAGGCCAGGCGCCACUCACGCGUCGAGAAGCGCCGGCAUGGAGGGGCUGCUCGUCUCCGUCACCAUCCUCCUUGGCUUACAAUCUGUCCGCAUUGCCGGAGCUGUGAAAAUAGGUGUUAUACUUAAGCCCGACUUAAACAUAGUACAGUCCGCAUAUGAAGGAGUAAUGUACAACUACAGCAACAGCAACGUUGCUCAGGAGAUAAAAUUCAAGGUGAAGACAAACUUCGCCACACUGGAAGACACCGACCUUUUCUCCACCAGCAGAACACUGUGCGAGCAGCUGCGCACCAACGUGACGACAGUGGUGGUGUCGAGCACGUCCCACUCGUCACUGGCGCUGCAGUCCUUGUUCAAGAACACGAACGUACCGUACGUGGCCACCUCGUACCAGGAGCACUGCAGUGUCAACGUGGGCGGAAACCUGAACCUGCCGUCAGCUGACUCCCUGGGCGUCUCGCUGCUUCCCGACUAUUUGCCGGCCGUCUCAGAGAUGGUCGAUCACAUGCAAUGGCCCGGGUUCAUCUACAUCUACGACUCGGAGAACGGUCCCUCGAAACUGCAGCGGCUGCUGAGUCACACUUACCGUAAUCCGGUGACGGUGCGCUUCGUUAAGCGCAUCACAAACAGCAGCGACGCCAACGAUUUCCUCCGUAUGCUGGAGACUACGGACCGGGAGAGCCGCAAGCACGUGCUGCUCGACUGCCGCUUCGAUGUGGCCCGCAGAAUCAUCGUGGACCACGUGCGAGACAUCUACAUGGGUCGCCGGAACUACCAUUUCUUCCUCGUCAAUCCGGUUGUUAACGAGCUCACCUACGACAAGAUUCCCGAGUUUGCAGCAGUGAACAUCACUGCGUUGCGGCUCGUCAGCGAGGACGUCUCCCAGCAGUCGUCCAUGGAUCCCUCACAGGAGCUCAGGGAGAAAAGAAUCACGCUAGAAGAGGCGCUCAUUCAAGAUGCGGCGUCUCUGAUAGUGGAGACGUACAAGGGCCUGAAGCUGCGAAGCGUGGUGCCGCACCGGUAUUCGUACAUCUUUGAGGACCACGAGGACGACGAUUCGCUGGCAGCGGCGACCAGGAGAGACGGGGGCCCGUCGGCGGUGCUCCAGCCUCCACGGCUCGAAGCCGAGCUGCUCGAGGAAGGCGCCCAGGCGGUGCCGCAGUCGGACGCGCCGCACCAAGGCUGUGGAGAGCGGCCGUCGGUUCCGCAGGAACUUGGCGAGAUCAUCACUAAACAUCUUCGAGGGAGGAGCUUCCAAGGUCUGACUGGUCCUAUUCGUUUCACGAAUGACGGAUGCAGAAUUGACUACAAAGUGCACAUUGUUCAGUUAAACACCACGAAUGAGGCUUUCAAGGUGGCAGAGUGGUCAGACACUAAGGCGUUCGAACCAGUGGUUAAGCCCCUCCAACCUUUGGUCAACAUUACAGAGGAACUCAAUAAGGACCGCGUGUACCUGGUACAGAGUGUUCUGGACAAGCCGUACCUGAUGGUGAGGGACUCCAUUGACGGGCUGGAACGCACUGGCAACGAUCGGUAUGAAGGCUUCUGCAAAGAUCUGAUGGACGCCCUCGCCAGGGAGCUCCACAUCAAGUACGAGCUGAGGGCAGCGGAGGAGACCGUCUACGGCCGCCGAGACCACAAGGUUCAAGGUGGUUGGACGGGACUCAUCGGAGAAGUAGUGCGGAAGGAAGUGGACAUGGGCGUCGCCGCCACCCUGGUCAAGGCUGAGCGCCGCGAGGCGGUGGACUUCAGCCUGCCCUUCCUGGAGACCGGCACCGCGGCGCUCGUUCUGCGAACCGAGCCCGUGCUGGGCCGCGGCAUGCUCACCUUUCUGGCGCCCUUCUCGUUCGAGCUGUGGAUCUUCUUCGUGUCCGGCCUGGCCGUCGUCAUGCUCGUCAUGUUCCUCGUGAGCUUCUUCACGACGCGAGCCUCUGCUGCUGCCGAAAAGCCAGGAGUCGAGCGGCAUACGUCAGGCGCACUCUUCAAAAGUCUUUGCUACACGCUCGAGGCCUUCACGCCGCACUACAUUGAUUCGUAUUACGCCAGGUCCAUCGCCGGGCGGUUGAUCGGGAACGUGUGGUGGCUCUUCGUGGUGUUCGUGUUCUCUGCAUACACGGCCAGCCUGGUGCCCUUCCUCUCCACCGAGACGAUGCCCCGACGGCUCGCCACCGCCGAUGACCUCGCCGACCAGACGGCCGUCGAGUACGGAUUCACCAGGCAGUCAUCCGCCAGGAACUACUUCGAGAACCCGAACCUGAACUCUAGCGUGCACAAGCGCAUGUGGGAAGCGAUGAACAGCAGGCCCCACGUGUUCACCGCCUCGGACGGCGACGGCGUGGAGCGGGUGCGCUCGUCGAAGGGCCGCUACGCCUUCUUCAUGGACGCCAACAAGGCGGACUACAUUAGCAGCCAACGCCCCUGUGACACGGCCACGCUGGGAGAGCCUUUCGGCCGACGACACUUCGCCGUGGCGCUGCCUAAGGACUCGGCGCUCAGAAUGCCUCUUGAUGAAGCCAUUGCCAGGCUUACAGAAACUGGGGAGCUGUUAAAGCUAAAGAAAAAGUGGUGGACUGAGAAAUCUGUAUGUCAAGAAGUUUUCAGAAAGGAUGGCCUCGUGAUGACAUUAGAGAAUUUCCUGGGUGUAUUCUUCAUCCUCGGCGGAGGAGUGGCGCUUGGCCUCCUUGUGGGAUUCAUCGAGAUCGUGUACCGCGCGUGCGCGCGCAGUUCUUCAUGCACCAAGGGUGAAGAUGCAGCACCCACGGAAGAAGCUCAAAUACCCGAAAAGGAGUACAUCGACCAACCACUGGCCUGCGCGUAACUCUCCUGUUGGGGGCCGAAGCCUGAAUCUAUAACGUUGGUUCCGCUGAAGCCAAGACUCAGCAUUUAUCAUGCCAGUGUGUGCAGGAGGCCGGAAUUCUCUCCAGAAGUGUUUUUCUGAGCGAAAACUUAAUUUUCAUCCACA